AUGUGCGGCGCCAACGCCCUCGAUCUCAUCACUCCGAGCUUGCCCGGGAUGCGCGCUCGGCCUCGUCAGAGCAGAUUAUGGGAUUUGUCAAACCUGGCUGAUGCCGCCACCUCCAAGAUAUUCACCUUCGACGAGGUCGGUCAGUGUUCUUGGACGAUUGGCACCGGUUACAGCGACCCCCUAAUAAUUAAUCAGACGUCCUACUAUGCGGCGUACAACCGGACUUAUGUGGUGGUGACUGUCUUUGGCCACGGCGCCGACGUUAGCAACGCCGCCGAGCCUGUGGCAGCAAAAUUGGCCUGCUUGCGUCCUACCUGGAGUGCUUUGCCAACGCCCACGACGACGAGGAGCAAGGCAGCCAGUACUUCAGUUGCUAGCAAGACCACUGCUGCUGUCUCUGCCGUGACCACCAGCCCUCAGUCGACCUCUUCUUCUUCGGCGGUGGCGGCUCCUGCUUCGGUAUUCCGAUGGCAUAGGUAUGUCUCUUUCUUUCUCUCUCUCUCUCUCUCUCAUAUCAUAUUGUUCGCCCUGCUUUCGUGUCCGUCAUUUGCUUGCAGCCAUGGAUACUGUCCUGACGGCGCCUGUCAAGUCUGCUAA